AUACUACUUCAAGUUUUUGACGAGCGGGAUCACCUCCACAGAAAUGUUAUCGCCAUUCGCAACAACCUCUCACAAAAAAAAUGUUUAAUUUGAUAUACUUAUAAUAAUUUUGUUAUUAUGCAAAAUUUAAAUGCUAAAUAAAACUAUUGUUUUAAAAUAUAGUUGUUGAUUAUUUUGGCUCUAACAAAGCGUUAUUUUAAUGAUAUGGAAAAAGCGACAAAAUAUAAAAAUUAAUGGCAUUAAUUGAGUUUCUGCAAAAUAUGAAUUACGGUUAGUUAAAAAUAUUCAAAAAUUAAUACUGGGUCAAAUAUUUAUCCUUUCUAAAACUCUAUUGAUUUUUUCUUUUCAAAUUUUUAAUUCAAAUAAUUUAGUAUAUUAUGUAAACGAAUAAAUACAAUUCAAAAAUAUAAAUAAAAGGAGAAAAAUUGUAAUGACUAACUAAUUAAAAAUUAAAAUACGAAUGCCACUGAAUUCAGUCUCCCCAAAUUUUGAUAUACCAUUUCUAAAACCGAAUCAGUUUUAUUUUUUUUUUAAAGUUUGAAUACAAAGGAACCAAAUCGAGUCAGAAUUGAUAAUAUUGGGGUUUUCUUAAAAGCCACACCCCUACUAAUCUGAACUGAUCAGAAUCAAUUUCUUUGUGGUUCCUAUUUGACUACUAGAAGUGAAAAACUGAAUAAUCUGAAAUCUGAACUAAUCGAACUGAACACAUAUCAGAAUCAAAUGUGCGUGCCUAGAUUAAAAAAAAAAUCUCUAUGUAAAAAAAAUAUGUUUGUUUGAAAAAAAAAAGAAUUUAAAGGAAAAUAAUCAAUAACUACCAGAGAUAGUAGAAGCUUGCAUACUACUUCAAGUUUUUGACGAGCGGGAUCACCUCCACAGAAAUGUUAUCGCCAUUCGCAACAACCUCUCACAAAAAAAUGUUUAAUUUGAUAUACUUAUAAUAAUUUUGUUAUUAUGCAAAAUUUAAAUGCUAAAUAAAACUAUUGUUUUAAAAUAUAGUUGUUGAUUAUUUUGGCUCUAACAAAGCGUUAUUUUAAUGAUAUGGAAAAGCGACAAAAUAUAAACAUUAAUGGCAUUAAUUGAGUUUCUGCAAAAUAUGAAUUACGGUUAGUUAAAAAUAUUCAAAAAUUAAUACUGGGUCAAAUAUUUAUCCUUUCUAAAACUCUAUUGAUUUUUUCUUUUCAAAUUUUUAAUUCAAAUAAUUUAGUAUAUUAUGUAAACGAAUAAAUACAAUUCAAAAAUAUAAAUAAAAGGAGAAAAAUUGUAAUGACUAACUAAUUAAAAAUUAAAAUACGAAUGCCACUGAAUUCAGUCUCCCCCAAAUUUUGAUAUACGAUUUCUAAAACUAAAAAUAUUUGCUUUUCAAUGUUUGAAUUCAUAUUACUUCUAUGUUUAAUAAGGUAGUAUGUAGGGAUAAUUUGCAAAAUACCCUAUAUAGGAUUUGAAAUUUAAACAUUGCAUUUUCUAAUUUAAUUUUUUGAAAACUACACUUCUUUAAUUAUGAAUUGACUUUUUUACCCAAGAUAUUUCAAUAAUUAAGAUAUUAAUUCGAAAUUAAUAUAUAAAUUCGAAAUUAAUAAAAUAAUAUCAAAAUAAUUUUGUUUAAGAUAAACAUGUUAUUUUAUUAUUUAUAAAAACAAAGAUAAAUAUGUGAAUUAUGAUUUGUUUUGACUUUAUCAUGAAGUUUAUACAAAUUUCCUUUUAUUUUUUUUCUUCAACUUAUAUAAACAAGUCACGUUGUUAAAAGAAAAAGCAAAUCACAUUUGUCUCCUACUAUCUUUUAUUUAGUUAUAUUGAAAUUUUGUGUUCGUUGGUUUGACAUAGUAUCAUGAUGGGAGGAUGAAACUUGCGGGUGUUAAAUUGACAGAUUUUGAACCGGGAAUGGAGAUGGAAAAGGAGGGCGAGCUGCCUUUGUCGAAAGUAGCAAUUGAUGAUAUCUUCUGAUGGAACAGGUUAAGUAGGAAAAAUACAUUAACAAAUGAGCAGUCUCAUCAUUCAAAAUUCAAGUUCUUUUAUCUUAUCAUUCCGCCAUUGCUCCUCAGUUACUUCCUAGUCACCUAACACACAAGUUCCACGUUUAUGAGGUUUUUGCAGUUGAGAUACUAGUACUAGUCACAAUAGUAACAAUACUAAAUAUUGCAGGACUUAUCCUGUGUCAACAUGACAUUGUAGUCCCUGAUUGUUACAACAUUUAUAAACUCCAAUAUUCACAUGAUUGUUUUCACACCUCCUUGAAGUCUUGUGUUUUUGUGCGUGAAUCUUCUCCACGUCUUCUUCGGUUGUCUCUACAACCGGAUAAUGCCUCCUUUCACUCAUAGGUAAGCAUAUCCUUCUUGUGCCGAGUAGCCUUGCUCUGUUUCUUCCAACAUGCGGCCUCUCCCGUGUAGUCGUCUUUAACAAAAGACUCCACACCACUCUCGUUAAUGAGCCAGGGGUUAUGCGUUUAUCUUCUCUAUGGCGGGGAGUUUCAGUUAUAAGUGUAACAAUCUCUUAGGUUAUAGUUUAACUACACCACCAUGCUGUCUUUUUGACUACUACUGUCUAGUUUCUACCAAAUCUAUGUUUUUAACUUCUUUAAAGGGUAACAAGUGUUGCAGAGACAAACGGUCUUGGACAAAGUAGGAGCUAAAGAAAUACAAAACAAAAAGUAGGAGCUAAAUAGUUCUCUCAUGGGAUCAAUCAGAUAAUAGUAUGAAACUAGAACGAGCAUUUACAAAUUUUGUGGUCUGCAAUUUCAGAGUCCAUCUACCGCAUAAACGACACUUGCGUCGAACUUGAACAGAAGCAGAGUUCUUCAAAAGGUGUAGAACAAAUGGAAAACAUAACAAAUGUUGUGAAAAUAAUCAACCUUAUUACAAAAUAAAACCAAAACAAUUACCAAAACCUAGAGUAACCAAAACCAAACAUUGCAAAAAAAAAAUCUAGAACAAACGUCUGGAACAGAACAAACUUCAAAUUCCAAAGUCGCAACUGACACGAUUGUGUCCUGAACGAUGACAUCUUGAGCAAGCUUGUUUUCGUGCUUUUUUUUGAGCUGUUGCUUGUUCUCCAAAGCAUUCAUAUCUUCUUUUCACAGGUCUUUCAGCACCUCUUUUAACAUCUGGAGGAAAGCAUUUAUAAGCCACAACAUGUGGAGGUAUUUCGCUUGCUUACAGCAACUCAUCUAUGGGUCUUAUAAUCUCUGAAUAUGCAGCACACAUGUUUGCCUUUGAGUAGUAUUGAUGCAUCAAUAACCCAGGGUUAAAGCCUCGACUUGUUGCAGCCUUAGCAGCAUGCUUACAAGGGAUCUUGUCAACAUUAAACACAUUACAUGUGCAAGUCAUUUGUUGAAGAUCAACCAAGUAAUUUCUUGACCCAUCAGUAACCUGAAACUCAUGUUGAUUUAUUGACUGAACAUCAAAAGUAGACGCCAAAUCACACCUUCUAUUGAGCUUCUUUUCAACUUUAGGCGUGAGAGAAGAUUUGAGCAUCACAGCACUUUCUCGAUGGUUGAAAAAUCACCGUGUAAGCAGAAUUAGAAAUUAAAAUCUGAUUGAUGAAUCAACAAAUCUCUUGAGCUGAGAGGAAGAAUCUGUAAAACUAGAGAGAAAGGAAAAAAAAUUCAGAAAUUGAAUGGAUAUGAGAAGAAGACGAGAAGACGAGACUAGUCUUGCGUUCUUUAAUUUUUUUUCAAAAUAAAAAAAAAACUUAAGAUAUAUUAAAAAUAUAUGGGAAAUAUAUUGUGUAGUAUAUUAAAAAGAUAUUCCCUAUUCUCUAACGAUUUUCUUUUAAAAUAAUUUUAUAAAAAAUUGUUUAAUAGGAAUUGAUAAAUAUAAAGAUUGGGCAAUUUGGUAAAUUUAUAUAUAGAUAAGUGUAUUUUUCAGAAAGGUUAAACAAAAGUGCAUUUUUCAAAUUAUAUUUUAUUGAAGUGCAUUUAUCCAAAUUUUCCCUAGUAUUAAUUUAGUUGUGGUCAAUACUCAAUAGGAUAUUACAGUAUAUGUAAGGACGAUAGUGAAGUAACUCCAAAAAAAUACUCCCUCCAGAUUUGAAUAUAUGAUGUUUAAGGUUGUGCACACAUAUUAAGAGAAAUUAAAUACUUACUUUUAUCAAAUACUUUUGGGUUUUGCUUUUAGUUAGUUUAAAGAUUUAUUUGAAUCCCAAUAAAAUUCAACCACUUAUAUUUUUUACAUUUUGAUUUAUAUUUUAUUUUAAAAACAAAAUGCAUUAAUGAAAAGUAGAACAUUAUGGGGAUGAUUGGUUGGGGCUGUAGAUGCUCUGGACAGCCAAAAUUUAGUCUAGAGCUAUAUAUCUCAACCAAUCGAGCUUUGCUUUCCUUAAAAACCUCACAGCAAAAAAAUCUCUGCAAAAUCAAAAUAUGGCUGUAGAGAGCUUUAUUUCCAGAGCAAAAAAAUAGUGCUUUAGAAAUCUACAGUAAGGAAAGCUACAGCAAAUAAAUCUACAGAUUAAAUUCUACAGCAAAAAAUAUAAAGCUACAGCACUUACCAAUCAUCCCCUAUACAUUUGUAUACAAGGGAAAAAACUAAAACAUCAUAUAUUCAAAUCGGGAGGGAGUAGUAAAGAGCAUUCAGUACUCUCUCUCUCUCUCAUAAAAACACAGCCAAUGACCUUCUCGUGGUCUUCUGUGCCAUAAAAAUCAUUAUAUACAUUCAAACACCAAUCUGGCGCCACACACACAUACUCUCUUCCUCUCUCUCCUUGUAUGAGUGGUGAGAUGGUUAUCCCUAUAAGGUGCAGCAUCGAACCAUCUGCAACAUUUUUACUCGUUUUCUUUUUGUGUGUUUUCCAGCAAGUGUCUCUUCUUCACUCUCCCCAACGACCCUCUCUUCCAUUCAUAACUCUUUCUCUCUCCGGGCAAAAUGGAUAACUUCUUGCCCUUUUCCUCUUCUAACGCAAACUUUGUCCAAGAACUCUCAAUGGAUCUUAACAACAAUCGCUCACGCUUAUCAACGUUCCCUACUUAUGAUCAUCAUCAUCAGGCGCAGCCUCGCUCGUUGCAACCCUACUCAUAUGUUGCAUGUCCUGUGGAUCAGACGGCGGCUAUGAAUCCUCAGAUCCCGGUUACACAAACCGGAAGUGAGUUCGGUUCUCUGGUUUGUAAUCCCGGUUUCGGACAAGCAAGAGGUGGAUUUCUUGAUCCACACACGGCUAAGAUGGCCAGGAUCAACAGAAAGAAAGCGAUGAUAAGAUCAAGAAACAAUUCUAGCCCUAACUCUAGUUCGAAUGAGCUGGUUGGUUCAAGGAGACAAGUGGUUCUUACCAUGAAAAAUAAUGCCGAGAUAGCAGCAAGGAAAGAUCUCUAUCGAUAUCCCUCAUUCGAUAACAAGAAGCUUAGGGUUUUGCUGGUGAAACACUUGAAGAACAGCGAUGUUGGAUCACUUGGGAGGAUCGUUCUACCAAAGAGAGAAGCUGAAGGGAAUCUUCCGGAGCUAUCUACUAAAGAAGGAAUGAUAGUAGACAUGAGAGAUGCGGACUCUAUGCAGAAUUGGUCUUUCAAAUACAAGUUCUGGUCCAAUAACAAGAGCAGAAUGUAUGUCCUUGAAAACACAGGACAAUUUGUGACUGAAAAAAGAGUUGAGAUUGGAGAUUUUUUAACAAUCUACGAGGACGAAAGCAAGAAUCUCUACUUCUCCAUAAGAAAGCACGCAGACAAACCAAAUGAAGGAAGAGAAGAUGAGUCGAUGGAAGCCAACGACAUGAACUUCUACGAAGAUAUUGCGUUUGAUUUCAUACCAAAAGAUGAAGACGAAGAUUCUAUUGCAAUGCUCAUCGGAAAUCUAAAUGAUCACUAUCCCAACCCAAACAAUCGUAUGGACCUCCCAAUCGAUCUUCAUCAGCAUCAUCAAGCCACCUCAUUGCCACCUGCGGAUUACAUGACCAAUCCUCAGUAUGGUGGUUCCUCCAAUGAUCUCAUGAGCUUUAACGACUUCGUAUGGUGAUGCGAUUGAAGUUGAUAUAGCUAUAUAGAAGUGGUAUAAAAAAUUUAAAAAGAAAAGAUUAUCGCUCAUCAUAUUCAUAUCUAUCUAUUGAUAAAGUAUUUUUGUCAAUCUAUUAUUUAUGAAAAAUAAUAUUAGUUACAUAUAUAAGUUUCAUUUGGGUUUUAUAAAGCAUAAGAGAUAAUAGACGAAAAUAUAAUUCAGGAAUUAAAAAAAAAACAAUAUUUGGGUUCAUCCCUAAGAUGAAUGGUUAAAUUUACCUCACUUUUUAUAAUCAACCAAAGUGCCAUGUAAAAUUAAUUAAAAAGAUAAUAAUUUUAAAAAAAAAAAAUGGCUGAAAAAAUCAGCACUGACAUUAACACCGUCUACAAAA